AGGAACAUCUCCAGAUCAAGUCAUGACACCUCACUGCCCAGGGUGACAGUAUUUUAUGGUGAAAAUAUCCCAGAAAGAAGUAGAAGCAUUAUGAAGCGCCUAGUGGACCCUGUGCUGGGACUUCUGUUGGCCCAGAUUUGCUGUGUGAGAGGGGUAGAUGUGGAGCAGAGUCCCCCAGCCCUGAGUCUCCAGGAGGGAGCCAGCUCCACAUUCUGGUGCAAUUUUCCCACCACUCUGGUGAGCAAUGUGCAGUGGUAUCGUCAGAAGAGUGGGGGCCACCUCGACCACUUGUUCUUCAUUCCUUCAGGGACCAAGCAGAAUGGAAGAUUAAAUGCCACGACAGUUGCUAAAGAACGCCGCAGCUCGCUGUACAUUUCCUUUGCCCAGAUCACAGACUCAGCCACGUACCUCUGUGCUGGGGAGCACAGCGCUGCCCAGGCACCUGCAGCCUGUACGGAAACCCUCCAGCCACAGUCCCACCACAGGGCAUUCACAUUGCUCAUUAUUCCUCACCUACACUGGUACAGUUUUAACACUGACACUUCUUGGACUACAGAUUUGGGACUUUGGUCUUUUACUCCCUUCCCAAUCUGCAUCUCCUUCUGCUCUAGAAACUUCUUACUUGAAACUUCCAGAGUACCUGCUAAAAAUACAGAAGUAAAGUGAAUAUUUAACCACGGUGUACUGAACUACAAAAUCAUAAAAAGCGGGAAAAGAAAGAGAAAGAAUAAUAACACUAAGUAAGAUGUUAUCUUGAAUAAUAACACUCAAGAAUGUUCAGGGCUGCCUCACCACGCUGUGCCCCAAAAGGCAAUUGCAAAUCCUCCCAUCCCAUCCUGCUAGUGCUGCAAAGAAAACAAAAAAUAUAGGCUCAAUGUUUGUAUAUGAACCUGGUCAUUUAAAACAAAUUCUUUCUCUUACUGUUCUGGAUGCAAGAAAUCUGACACCAGUUUCACUGGCUCCAGGCAAGGUCUUGGCAGGCCUGAUUCCUUCCAGAGGCCCUAAGGGAGA